GUUGCUUUCUCCCAUUUUUAGUCUUCGUUUUUAGUUUCUUCGUCUCAUCAGCCGCGUGCAUUCGCGCUUAUCAUUUUCUUGUCAAUAUCGUGUGGCAAUCUAUUCCCACUCACUUCCCAGCUAAAAUAAGUUUUUUUCUCCGCCACGAUCAGUUAUUCUUAUUCAUCCAAAGAUCGAACUUAUUAUCCUGCACAUACAGUAACUGACAAAUAUUGGAUUUAAGACUUGACAAUCUCGAGUAUCUCAACCAAAGCCAUUUUUUAACCCGCAGAGCAAGAAGAUGUCCAAUUGAAAAUAGCUUACAUGGACCCUCUAACUUCUCACCGGCAUGGUGCUAUUCCAGCAGCACCUUACUCUAUGCGUCCUCCUAGUCCUCCUUCUAUCGUGAUACCCGCCCCCACUCUACAUUGUGCAAAUGAGCAUAUCAAAAUCGUGCCAACUUACGAAAAGGUCGAUCCGGCUUCACUUAGCGCCGAAGACCUUAAGAUCAUUACCCAGAACCACAAAGAGCAGCUAGCUCAGGACUCGGCUCUUAAUUGGGCGUAUGAGAAUCGGCGUGUCGCACAACCCAUCCUCGACUUCCUCUACCUCGGCCCCUCGAGCAUCGCUCGAGAUCGCAAGUGGCUCCUUAAAACAGGUAUCACAAUGCUACUGGCCGCACGGGAUUCCCAGAUGGCUGUCAUGCACCUAAUGGCACCCAGUAAGGUGGCGCAAGAACUUGGCAUCCAGCUCGAAUAUGUUGAUGUUUCUGGUUAUAAUGAGCUUAUUCGCGCCUUUCCCACGGCCGUUCGAACCAUCAAUGACCACAUGCUUAAUGUUUUCCGCGGGCAACGUAUUAACAACACGCAGAUGCAGGUUGAGCAUGGAAAGAUGGCAAUUCCCCAUGACAAGUUUCAAAGAGGAAAAGUCUUGGUUUUCUGCGAAACGGGAAAUGAUCGUUCUGCUGGUGUUGUUGUGGCCUACCUCAUGUCUGUUUUUGGUAUAAGUUUGGUUGAAUCUUGCCAAUUUGUCCACUUCAAACGCUUCUGCGUCAGCUUGAACGACGAUCUUAGGUUCGUUCUCAAAUCGUAUGAGGAUCUACUUUCCGCACAACGUACCGUACACCGACAUGAGCUUGACAGUCGUUCAACACAGGUAAACGGUGCCUCGAGCAAUGUACACAAACUAAAAAGGGGCAUCGAAGCCACGUUCGACGAAGAUGAGGAGAUGGGGGAACCUGACAAGUCUAAAGCACUAGAUUAUGAUCGCUUUCUGGACCGCGAAAGAUUUGUUCCGUUUGUUGACAUGGUGGACGAUGACAUGGAAGAAGAAACUAGUUAGAACCAAUCAUAUUGCUUUAUUGAUUUCAUCGGAGCAUGCAUCGAGCAUCAGGUUGGGGGUAGUAGGCGGCAUGGUUGGCUUCAUCAAGCUAUGGCAAUUAGCAACGGCGUACUGGAUGGCUUAUACCCAUGCUUUUUUGGACGUUUGACGGUUGAUAGUUACAUAGACGGAGCAGUGGUACAAAAGGUACAAAAGUAUUAUAACCACAACAAAGUCACUAGGAGACCAUUGUUAUCACGAAAAUAUCUCGCAAU